AUGUCUUUUAAAGCAGGGUAUCAUACUAUAUCAUUCCUAUUUAUACUAGUAUCAUUUGUAUUUUUAUUAUUUGCUACCAUUAGUUAUCCUGUGGUUGAUAUAUUUGCCUUGAGUAAAACUCUGGAUAAUAAAUAUGGGAUAUUUGGAAGUUGUCUGACAUCAAACAGUGAUAAUUGUAUUGUUGGUUACCCACUUGAUUUUACUGGUUCCAUAAAAGAUAAUCUGUCAGGUUAUUUAUUUAUGAAUGAUACUAGAACCACAUUGGCAAAAAUAUUUGUUUUAGCACCUAUUGCCCUUGGAUUUGAUUUGAUUUUAUUGAUUGUUAUAUUUGUAAUUCAUUUUGGAUCUCGUGUAACGGUGUUGAUUGGAAUUUUCGUUAAUGUACUUGCCACGAUUGCAACAAUUAUUACUUGUGUGGUUGUAAUUUUAUGUUUUUAUCCUUAUGUAACUUGGGUUCCUUGGACUUUAGUGGCAGCUGGAGCUAUUACAUUUAUUUCAUUGAUUCUUUUAAUUUUAAGUUUGACAGUUGUUGGAAAUGACGACGAUGAUGAUGAUAAUGAUGCUAAAUCUAAUUUCGAUAAUGAAGAUUUUGGAAGAUUUACUAAUUAUAGUCGUAUUGAUGAUAAAUUUAAUCAUAUUCAAACAUCUACUUUCAAAACAAGUAAUUCCCUUGAUAAUGAUUAUGAAUAUAAACCCCAUAACAAUAACAAUAACAAUAACAAUGCUACCACAGCCACUACUACCAAUAAUGUUGGUAGUACCAAUUUCACUGGUGGGGCAAUGAAUAAAUUCUCAAACCCUACUAAUAAUUCUCGAGGUGUUAUGAAUGGUGGAUCGACUACUACUGGUUCUGGUGUUGGAUCAGGAGGUACUGUUAUUUCUGGUAUGAAUCCUCCUGCUCAUAAAAAUGGGUCCCUCACCAGUAAUUCAUCUUCCUAUUAUAACAAUCCACAAACUGCCACUGAUUUCACACAAAGAAAUAAACCUAAUGCUUAUCAACCAAGUUCAUUAAGUGGUUCCGGUAGCAAUAAUGGUAAUACUGCUUCAUCAUCACUUCCUUAUCCUCCUGGUACACCAAUUGUUGAUAAUAACAGUAACAAUAGUAGAAAUAAUUAUCAACCAGGAGUUUUUGAUCAUCAUCUUGGUGUUGAAGGUCAUAAACCAUUUACUGAAUUGGAUGAUGAUUUUGACGAUGAUGAUGAAGAAGAUUUGGCUAAUAAUCGACGUGAAAUUGUUAAUAUUAAUGAUUCUGAUAAUGAUUCUGAUUUCACUAGUGUUUCACAACGACCACCUAAUCCUCAAUAUUAUGGAAGUAAUUCUGGAAGUGGUACUGGGUAUUUACCUUCAAAUGUGGUUAAUCAAUACUCUCAUGUUCAGCAAUAUCAACCUAUACAUCAACAAGGUAUGCCACCACCACCACAACCACCUCAACAACAACAAUAUAGGCCUACUGGUCAAUAUUCUCCGUCACCAAAUAUGGGUUAUAAUAAUACUCCAAUGAGAAGUGGUGGAGGUGUACCACCACCAGGAGCAGGUCCAGGUCCAGGUCCAGUUCCAGUGUCAGGAUCUUAUUUCCCAAAUCAAGGGCCUGUACCUGUACCACCACAACAACAACAACAAGUUAGAGGACCAACUAUAUCUGAAAAUGUAUUGAAUAAUAAUCCAGAUUUCCAAUUUAGUCGUGGUGGUCAACAACAAAAACGUAGAGUGAAUCCAGGAUUUGUACCUGUGGCAGCAAGAUAUAAUAAUAAUAACAACAAUAGUACUACCGGUAGUCUGAUUGGAGGACCAGGUAAUAAGAAUCAAAAUGCUAGUGCUUUAAUGGGAAGAAGAGAAAAUACUGGACCUAGAAGUGGUCCUUAUGGUAUUACUAGAUGA